AUGGGUUCUACUCAGCAUAGAGAGAUUGGGAAAAUAAGAAAAAUACUUAGCAAUCUGGAAAGCAGAGUGAAUGUAAAAGACUCCUUGGCCGAGUUCAGGGACAUGAUGCUUCUUGACAGCGACAACGAUUUGAUUAUCCUUGUGCUGCAAAGAGUUCAUAAUAUUCUACAUACUUCGCACAAUAGUGAAUACAUAGAAAUCCUCCUGGACAUCGUUCAUAGUGAAGAGGCAUUCGAUGAGUUGUUCAAAAUAAUCCUCAACUUUGCCUCUGGAAUGGAUCUUGGCAAAAUCAUGGCCAAGCUCAAAAAUGCCAAUGAGCUGAUGAUAUUCAAGUACCUGAAAGAAAUAAAAAACAGCGGCCUAUUUAACGGUCUUUCCAAGGAAAUGGAUAAAAGAUAUGUCGAAAUUUUGGAUACACUUGAGUAA